CUCUCUCUCUCUCUCUCUCUCUCUCUCUCUCUCUCUCUCUCAUUUCCAUGUCUGUGGGUCUCUCUGCAUCGGACAUCCAACUCCUUUAACAUCCACCGACGCCUCAACAUUCCCCCCUAGACGACUUGAGAUAGGUGCAGGGUACUCAAGGGGUAGUAAGGGUUUAAUAUGAAAUAAUUCGAUGCCCAUCCAAAAAAUAAACUCCUCAUCAGGUUUGUGGGGACGAUACGAAGCUGUAGAACCCAAGGGAGAUACAAUCGCGGAUUCAGUACAGUCAAUGAAGAAGUCUGAUGGCAGGGAUGUAGCGGAUACAGCAGAUCAAAGGAAUCAAAUAGAGAUGGCGCAAAAAAAGAUGGAUACUUUUAAUACACAUUCACUUUAAGGGAUGCUGUUUACAUCGUUAUUUCUCCUUUCCGUGUUCUUUUAGUCUAUUACACCGCAAAUUUUACCCUUAUACAUAUUCCCUACGCCAAAGGCCAGCAAUAAAGCUCGCCUGUGUACCAC